AUGCUUAUUUAUAUCAAUAUUUAUGGUAUCAAGCUGAUAGUGAAUCACCAUUAUUGUGUUUAUGUUUUACGUGAACGUAUCCGUAAAGGUUUGCAAUUAUAUUCAUCUGAGCUAUAUUUAUCAUUACAAAAUUAUGGUGAAUUAUUUUCAAAUCAAAUUAUUUGGUUUAUUGAUAACACAAAUGUUUAUCAAUAUGCUUCAUCACAUUAUGAUACUAGGACAAAGUUUAUGAAAUUAUAUUUUUAUAAGUGCUCGUCAUAA